AUGACGCUGGAGCUCUUGGAGGUAGAGAAUUUUCUCAGCCACACUCAGGAGAAGUCAUACAUUUGCAUGAUUUGUGGGGACAGUUUUAAGCACAAGGGCAUCCUGGUGGCCCACCAGAAAUCCCAUAAGGAGGAGACAGAGGCUGAAGGCUGUGAGAAGGAGGGCAAUGCUGACCAGGCUGGAGAGCUGCAUGACCAAGAAGCCAUCAGAGCUGGAGGGGAGGCCAGUGGGGAAAGCCAUAGCAAGCACAGCACACAGAGUGAUUCCGAGAGAAGGGAGAAGCCCCAUGCCUGUACUGACUGUGGGAAGAGCUUCAGGAUGAAGGUGGACCUCACCAAGCACCUCCAGACUCACACAGGUGAGAGACCAUUCCCCUGCACCAACUGCGGCAAGAGGUUCAUCACCAAAUCACAACUCAAGGAACACCAGAGGAUCCACACGGGUGAGUGGCCAUACAAGUGCCUGGACUGUGGGAAGAACUUCACCCAGAAGUCACAGCUCAUCAUGCACCGAUGGAUCCACACCGGUGAGAAGCCCUACCAGUGCAGCAGCUGCCAGAAGAGCUUCGUGGACAAGUCACAGCUGGUGGCCCACCACCGGAUCCACACAGAUGACCGUCCCUUCAAGUGCGGGGUGUGCGGCCGUGGCUUCCGCCAGAAGAUCACCCUUACCAAGCACCAGCGGGUCCACAGCACCCAGGGGGCCCAGCGGCAUGCUGCUAGGGACAUCGUGACCGAAUCCACUCCAGCAGGGGAGAAGAUCUUCUGCUGCGGCACCUGCGGGAAGGAGUUCAAGAAGAAGUCAGUGCUGGUAACCCACCAGAGGAUUCACACCGGUGGUACCCAUGCCUGUGGGCAGUGUGGGAAGACAUUCACCAAGAAGAGCAACCUGGUCAACCACCAGCAGGCUCAUGCUGAGGGCCAGGGUCACCGCUGCAGGGCUUGUGGCAAGGGCUUCACCAAGCGGGGGGAGCUGACCAAGCAUGAGCAGACCCACACCAGGGAGAAGCCCUGCGGGUGCAGGCAGUGUGACAAGCACUUCGCCCAGCGCACCCAGCUCGUCACCCACCAGCGCGUCCACACCGGUGAGCGGCCCUACCCCUGCAGUGACUGUGGCAAGCGUUUCGGUGACAAGUCACGACUCACCGUCCACCGGCGCAUCCACACUGGUGACCGGCCCUUCCCCUGUACCACCUGUGGCAAGGGCUUCUGCCAGAAGAUUGCCUUGGUUAAGCACCGCUGCAUCCACGUUGGUGAGCGGCCCUUCUCCUGCAGCGAGUGUGGGAAGGGCUUUGCCCAGAAGGCCCAGCUGGCAGUCCACCUCCUCAUCCACACCGGGGAGCACCCCUUUCUCUGCACCGACUGCCCCAAAGCUUUCAUUGACAAGUCCUGCCUCGCUGUCCACCGCCGCACCCAUACUGGCGAGCGCCCCUUCCCCUGUGCUGCCUGUGGUCGAGCCUUCACCCAGAAGGUCGCCCUCGCCACCCACCAACGAGUCCACAUGCGGGAGCACCAGCCACUGCCAGCCCCAGUUCCCCUCGGACCCCAGGGUGAGGAGUGGCCCUUCACCUGUGCCGUCUGCGGGAGAGGUUUCCGCAAGGAGAUUGCCCUCAUCACCCACCAGAGGGUCCACACCAAGUAUGACCCCAACCGCUGCAGCAAGUGUGGGCAGGUCUUCCCUGACAGGACCCAGCUCCGGCUCCACCAACCCUCCCAUGCAGAGGACCGGCCAUUCAAGCGUGCCACGUGUGGGAAGGACUUCAAGAGGAAGGAGAUCUUGAUUACCCACCAGAGGGUCCACACGGGAGAGGUGCCCUUCCAGUGCCUCCAGUGCAGCAAAAGCUUCUCACAGAAGGCCAACCUCAUGAAGCACCAGCUCACUCACACCCGCCGGGGCCCAUUUAUCUGCUCUGACUGUGGGCAAAGCUACGCCACCAUUGGACAUUUCAAGAGGCACUAGAGGAACCACCUCAAGAAGCAAAGCCCUCCUAGUGAGGGAGAGGAGCCCCUUGAGCACUUGGCAACUGGCCAUGUGCCACUGGAGCCAGUGGGUGGCCCCAGCAGCCCCAUCAUUGUGGUGAAGACAGAGGUUGAUGCUGAUGACUAUGAGGUCCUACAGGUCCCAUGA